AAGAAUUGCUUCUCUGUGCAUUCCCUGAGAACUGCUGAUCUGAGGGUAGGGAGGGAAAGGAGCAGAAAGAUAAUCUUUAAGCAGUUGAGAAAUGUUACAGGAAAGAAUGCAAAAAGCAGAGAGGGAGAGAAAAUACUUUUUUCUUUUUUUUUAAGCUGUGGAUUUUCUUCCCUAUUUUAAUUUGUGCUAAACUGGAUGCUAACUCUUUAGUUGAGGUGCUCCUGAAAGUGGGCAUACCUGCAAGAAGAAGAAAGCGAGGCUCAAAAAAAGUUUGGGUUUCUGCCUACCUGAUUCAUACUCCAAGCAAACAAACGUGAUGGGAGGCGAAAAGAAAAUGGACUCCACAGAGGCCGCCUGGUGAUUUUCCUGGUGGUGGUCAGAAGGAAGAACAUUAUGUUCCUCAGACACUUAUGGUGUGAUGGUCAUGAGGAGGCACUAGUCAGUCCUACAUAAAGGCAGAGACUCUCCAAUGCAUUUCACAACAUCCCCUUAAAGGAGAAAAGAAGCAAGAGCCACCAAUAACUCUUCCAUAGAAGGAGGGAACCAUUUCCCCAGGGCUGGAGGAAGACCCUGAGGAUUCCCAUUGGGUCAUCAAGGAGAUACACCAGGAACAGAAGGAUGACAGUAGUCAAGGAGCUGCUCCGCGCCAGAAACCUAUUGCUGGUUAUCCUGAUUCCACUCUUGUUGCUUCCUUUGCCUCUCUUAUAUCCCAGCAGUGUAAGUACUUUGCUUCCCCGUCCUCUCAUUUUCACCAUAACUGGAUUGGGAGCCAGCCUGGUAUAGUGGUUAGAGUGCUGGACCAGAACCAUGGCUGAGAGGGGAUGGGAUGAACCCAGUCACUCAAGCUCAGCCUAACCUACCUUCACAGGGUUGUGUUGAGUAUAAAAUAGGGAAGAGGAGAACUAUUUACGCCACCUUGAGCUCCUCUUAGGAAAGGUGGGUUAUAACUGUGAUAAAUAAAUGUGCUCAAGGAGAAGAGUUAGCAGGUCAACUAGGCAAAGCAUUCUUGGCAAGCGGUCAGGAAGGUGCAUGCGGGGGAGCAGGGAGAGUUGCGGUUCAAUCCUCUACUCAGAAGUAAGCCCUACUGAAGAAGUGGGGUUCGAAUGCAACAUUAAGGUGGCAGCCCCUUUGCCUCCGUUGCAUGGGAUCUCCAUAGGACGCUACUCAGCCUUGAUUAUUUAUUUCAUUGAGGAAUCACUUCUCGAAGCAACUUCGCAAUGCAACAAAAACAUCUCUAAGACAAUUGUGUGUGCAAAAGGAGUUAAAACAGUUGCAUAUAUAAAUCAAUUAAAAACAGUUUUAAAUAUAUAAAUUAAAUUCUUAUAGCAAAUUGUUCUGGAUUCCAGCUUUACUCCAAUGAAAAUUAUGCUGUUUCCAGGGUGGACUCAUAGAAAUGUAAAGUUAGAAGGGGCUCAAAGAACUCUUGACAGAUGACCAUCCAAGCUUUGUUUAAAAUCCUCCAAUGAAGGAGGCAGUCCAUUCCACUGUCAAACAGCUCUUACAGUCAGAAAAUUCUUCCUAAUGUUUAGUCAGAAUCUUCUUUCUUGUAAUUUGGAUCCAUUGGUUCAGGUCCUCUGGAGCAGCAGAAAACAAACCUGCUCCAUCAUACAUGCGACAGCCCUUCAGAUAUUUGAAGAUGUUAUAGAGCUUUGAGGAUGGAAUGCUCAGGAGGUCUUCGGUCACUGAAGCUAAGUGAUGCUUGCACUAUUUUCUAGGUCAGCCUUUCUCAGCCUUGGAUCCCCAGGUGUUGUUGGACUACAACUCCCACCAUCCCUAGCUAGCAGUGAUGAUGGGAGUUGUAGUCCAACAACAUUUGGGGACCCAAGGUUAAGAAAGGCUGUUCGAGGUUGAGGCCAUGUGGUGUUAAUGUGUCCCACGUUGUUGGAUCUGUUGCAUUAUCCGUAGCUUCUCAGAAGUGUUCAGCAAACUUGCUUGACGUGCUGUUCGAUGCUUUCAUUGUCUGCCAGCCUAUCUAUUUAUCUAUCAUCUGCAAGCUAAAACAAAUAUAUAAAAACCAUUUCAGAUCCAAUACUGAUACUCACUUAUAAUGAGAAAAAAUGUGCUCUGCACAUGCCCAGAAACAUGCUGUGAUUACAUGCAGGGCUGAGCGGCCAUGUGCCUUUUUCCAAUUAAGUCCUGUUUACAGUCUUGGAUUCUAGAUUUAAAUAUGCAGCUGUGAGUGCAAAAAUACAUGAGAAGAGGGAAACAGUUCUCCUUGGUCUCCUGUGAUAAUCUUAAUCAAAGAAUGAAGCUGAGUUGCAUUAUCAUUUGAAGUGAAGGAAAAGGCAGAUGAAAUUUCCUCAUUAAUUUUGGAGACGAGUUUCCUUUCGCAAAUGAAUUUGCACUGCCGCAAAUGCUCUCUAGGAAGGCAGCGUCGCUAACUUGACGGUGUUUGUUUUAAUGAAGUCGAGUUGCACCUUUUGAUUAAUUUGUUUGCAACUUGUUUAAUUAAUGGUGUCCCCUUGUUUAUCAGGGUUGGAGUGAACAAAUGAACAAAUUGGCAAAUUAGGCAAAGUCGAAGUCAGCUAAAACAAAUUUCAACCUCAUUAAACAAGUAAACGAAGAGCGAGGCAAAGGAAGAUAAAUGAGGUUUUUUUCCUUUCCUUUUGCCUCUCUUGAGCUGACAAGAGUUAAGCAAUUAAAAGCUUACAGACCUGGUGCGAUGAUGAAGAUGGAAUGACGGUAUGAUGAAUUUAAAAAAUCAAAUUAGCCAGCAGGUAGUUACUUAAUAUAGAACUAAAUAAGGGAUGGACAGGUUUGCUUCCAGUCCAUUUUACUUUUGUAUGCUUUUGCCCACAAUUCUGUUCCACUCCUGCAUUAAUCUGCAUUUCAUAUUCAUAUUUAAAUGUGUAUUUUCCUCUAAAACUAUCUUUUGAAAUUGGGAGUGGCAAACCCUUUUCAGCUCAAGGGCCACAUUCCCUCCUGGGCAACAUUCUGAGGGACACAUGUGAGUGGUAGGCGGGGCCAGAGGAAAAAGUGGGUGGGGUAAGCAAGGAAAAUUUUACCUUGGCUAGUUUCACCCAGCCCUCUGUCUCCUCCAUCUGAACAAGCAGUGGGCAUUACUAGUGCUUAAGGGCACAUUCCAGCCUGGCAAAAGCAUUCAGGGUGCAAAGCAGAGCUAAUAAGUGGGAUGACCCAGAGAGAGGGGGUUGGUGGCCUUGGGGAGAGUUAUGAGGGCCUGAGGCAGAGGUCUACAGGGCCACCCUGACUUAAAUGCAUAUUUUGCUAUAUUUAAACCUCUGAGAACUGCAUCACAAAAUUUGGAGAAAUGCAAAUUCAAGUGGAUUGCUAUGGGCUGAUCUGCACCUUUAGUCGGUAGAGGCACAGAACAGGAAAUUCCAUAUAUUUAUUUCAUGGAAACAUUUAUACGCUUCCCUUCUAAUGCCCCCAAAUCACUCACAAUGCCCCACAUACAGCUUAAAAUCACAAUUUUAGAUCAGUUGGAAAACGGCUGUUUGAAACACUCAAAGAAUAGUUAAAAUCAGCCACAAGCUGAAAACCAGCUUAAAGGGCAUGCCAACAUUCCACAUGCCUGGAUAGAUUUGCCGAAACAAAAUUGCUUUUAGCGGGUGCUGAAAAGAUUACAGGGAAGGUGCCUGCCUCAGUUUCCAAAGUGCAGGCGCAGCCACACCAAAAGAGAGAUUUCUUCCAACUGCUGAAUGAGUAUUAUGUGAAACCUGUAACAGUGCCAAAGGGGUUUGAGUGGGCAUGCAUGAAGUAAAGCAAUCUUGCAGGUAAACUGUGACAGGCUUCAUAUACUAGCAGUAACACCCUUGAACUUGGCCCAGCAGCAGAUUGACAAGGAGUGCAGGUUUCUGGGCUGAGGUGCUCAAUGCUCAACCUCCCCUUGUUCUUUGGCUGUAGCAGUUGGUUGUCAGGGCUAUAGUGCCCCUGCAGAUGGAAGUUCUCUUUGGCUAUCAAUGCAGAAAAGUGGUAAUAAACCUCUUCUCUGUGGUUUUGUGAAUUCAUGGAAUCGUCUGAAGCUGUGCCGAUGAGAGUGGAAGGGCACCAGGUUGGAAAAGGUGGCCUUAGGAUUGGGAACCGUAACUCAAGUCAGAAAUAUCAUGCUAUUAAAUGUGCUUGAUCGGAUUCAAUUCAACUUUCUCACUCCCUGCUCGCUUUGAUUCUUUUGUAAAAGCCUAAAAAUUCAAUUAAACCAUUCCUGGUUUUCCUCCAGUUUUCACCAUGCAUGUCUCUCUUGCGCAGAACAAAACACAAGAUGGAUGUUUGCAUGCUUUGCUCUCUCAGAGCUUCCUACAAGGUCCACUCAUAUCUCCAUCCAGACAUGCGAGAGAUAUUCUAAUAUUUCAAGGACACAUUCCAGCCAAACAAACACACUUGAGAAAGUUGCAGGGCAGGGACAGUGUGUUCCUAUCUUGUAUUUUUAUGUUGUGAACUGUCCCAUGCUCUUUGGAUAAAGGAUGGUACAAUAUAAAUAAUAUAAUAUAUAGUAAACCCACAACUUAUGUGCCUUUAACUCGUGUGCAUUCAGCUUUACAUGCUUGGCAAAAAAAAGAUUAAAGGGGAGGAGGCUGGCAUCUGGGAAAAAUGACUUUGGCAAUCCCACCCAUUAUUGAAGCCACUAUGUUUUGACGAUAUGCCAUUUUGGCUUUAGUCACAAUCCCCAGAAUGUAAUUCCCAGAUAAAUUGCAGGGCUUACUGUUAUAUUAUGUGUUAUAUUAGGGGUUAUGUAGAUUUGCAAAAAUGUGUAUAUUAGGGGAAAUUGCUUACCGUAUUAUUAUUUAUUAAAUUUCAUCCAAAGACCACAGGGCAGUUGACAACAUAAAAACACAAAAAUACACAACACAGUAACAAACAUAAACAAUAAACAAAAUGCAGAAUGAUGCAGAAAUGUUGAGAGCUGAACUUGGGAGAAAUGAGAAACUGAAAUGAACAGAUGGCCGUCUGCCAUGGGUUCGUUAGUUGAGAGUCCUACAUUGUAGGGGGUUGGAUUAGGUUCCCUUCCAACUCUACAGUUCUAUGAAAUCGGCAGAUUCACUCAUGCCGAAUGAUAAGGCAUUGAACCAGCACCCAAGUAUCCCAUGUGUCCACUGGUUUCCAAGACACCAUCUUUAGUAGCGAAACACAGCUGCAGUGCUCGCCUCCCUCUGGAGGAUCAUAAGCUGCAGUUUAGAAUGACUAAUCAAACUGAUCCUUUUGUGUUCUGCACGAAGAAUCGAAGCACAGACAAUAAUUUAACAUUGCGUAACUCAAUCAGAAAGAAAACCCUGCGGUGUUUCUCUGUGGAUCAAGUGGAAUGGAAAGAAAUUAGCGCAGAGUGCCUACUCACAACAAGCUGGCUUCUAAGCACUUCUUCAUUAAAUAGCCCAGUUAUCCGAUAGCCUAGUUACUUGAUCAUUAAAUUGCCCCAUGGAGGCCGAUUAUGGUUUAGCUGAGAUUAAUAAAACGGCUGUUUCUUCCUGACGGCUUGCCAGUCAGCCCUUGGCUGUUAGUCAUCAUGUCUGCAUGGCAUCUUGAGGUCCAAAUGUAGUGUGGCAGUGGGCAGCUGCUGCUGUGAAGAGACAAUGGGAGAGGUUUAUUGUCCUCAUGCCCUGACUGUGAGCUUCCUGGAGGAACCUGAUUGGAUGCUGUGGGAAUGAGAUGGUCAAUGGUUUGGUCUGAUGUAGGAAUGUAGGAAGCUGCCUUAUACACAGUCAAACCACUGGCACAUCUAGUAUUGUCUAUGUUGAUGGACCGCAGCUUCCCCAGGUUUCAGGCAGGAGUCUUUCCCAAUUGUCCUUCCCAAAUCUGGAGGUGCCAGAACCAGGGACCUUCUGCAUGCAAGACCACUCUACCACUGAGCUUCAGUCCUUCCCUGUAGGAGGGUUUAUUAUUAUUAUUAUUAUUAUUAUUAUUAUUAUUAUUAUUACCUUUAACCAUAGCAGUUCUAAAGCUGCUCAAAAAACAGCCACAAUGUGUUGAUUAAAACCUGAGAAAAUGUAGCUCUUUAAACCACCUGCCUAUAUUAUACGAAGCAGGUGCCAGGCAAAUGUCAAUUUACAUGAUCUUAAAACACUGGCAGUCCAUAUAGGUUCUCCACAGACAGGUUUGUGAGUCUGGUGGGAGAGCUUUGCUUUCUUCUUCCCUUACCUAUGAAAACAAGGAAGGAAGACCAGGUUUCUUCCAUUCACGAUUCUUCUAAGCCCAGUUAGUCAUUCUGAACUCACCAGAUCCCAAAUAUUAUUGAAUCACAUCUCAAUAAGUAGCUCCACCUGGGAUUUCCAGUGAUACUAUCACUAGACGUCUGGCGGCCAAUAGAAAAAGUAUUGAAUCUUUAUGCUGGGGUUGCCAUAUUAAUUUCAACUAGGACACUCCAAAAUUGUUGAGCUUUUUUUUACAAAAACACCCCAAAAAGCAAGAUUUUUCAAUUGACUUGCCUAACAUCCAGGACAAAGCACCACCUUUCAGAAAUCCCCACCCCCCUGGAAGUCAAUUUCGCCUAUGAAAUCCUGGACCUAUGGCAGCCCUACUUUAUGCUGGAUAGUAGGAUAGUAGGGGUCUUCUUAUGUUCAGCCACUUUGAUACUUGCUUUAGUUUAUUGUUUCAUUUUUGACAUUCAUAAGCAGCUUUGCUAGUAGAAUAUCCAUUCUUUACAUACGAAAGAUGCAUACAUUAAGCCUCAUUUAAAUCUCUUCUAAAAAUCCAUGUCUGAUAAGUCUUUCCUGAAUUACCAUUGGCUGAAUGAAUCUUUCCCCUCCCCUGAGUAUCUGUUGCCACUUAAUGCGCCCCAUGAUCCAUUCUCUGUCACAUCCAACCUUAUCCAACCUCUUGGGGAGGUGGGAGGAUGCUUCCACAGCAGCAUGGCAGGAGAAUGGAAAAGAUAAUAGGAUUGCUGAGGAAAUAAUUCACUUUGAUUAAAAGAUAGACUUCUCUGUCAGAAUGAAAGAUCCUUCACCUUUGCACCCCUCUGCUCUCAAGUUCUAGGCAUUUCCCCACUCAGUUUAGUUUCAUUUCCCAGAAAAGAAGGAGGUGAGGGGAUGAGAUGAGGCAACAUUCAAGACUUCAAGCGUCACCUGUCCCUACAUGAACCAACCUAAACGUUACAAUCAUCAUAUGAAGCCUUUCUUUGUAUGCCCUGCCUACAAGGUCAGGAGGGUGGCAACAUGACAUAAGGCCUUCUCAGUGGUAGCUUCCUGCUUGUGGAAUGCUCUCCCUGGGGAAGACUCGCCUGGCACCAUCAUUACAUAGCUUGAGGUCAUACAUGAAAAUGUUCUUUAUUGCCAGGCCUUUGGCUCUUAAUUAUCUGUGGCCUGGUAGGGGUGGGAUGUUUUAAUCCUGUCUUUAAACAAAAGGAUUGUCUUUUAUAUUUUUUUUCUUUUAUGUCAGUUUCAAUGUGCAUAUUUGUUUAUAUAUUGUAAGUCAAUUUUGGCGAAAAAGCAACUGAUGAAUUUAAUUUGUCGGGGAAUCGCUGAUCCUCCAAAACGGUCCUAGCUAACAGUACCACCUAACUGAGGAAAGUGAGAGUUUGCCCAGAAGCACCCAGAUUUGCCUCAUUAUUUGAGGGACACAGAGAAUUGAUGCACAGCCACCUCCUAGAAUCUGCACUAUAACUGCAGAGAAUUCAUUCAGCUCCUCUGCAGUCUCCCUGCCCUAUUUUAGCACACCCUUCACUCCCUUGUCAUCUAGCGGUCCAGAUGCUUCCCUGCUUCUGAUUCAUUGUUGGUCUUCAUGCUUUGAUUUAGUGCGGUUUGCACAGUGCAAAGUGUGCUUGUGAAUAUUUUUGAAUAAAGCUGUUUACAUUCAAAAUAUCUUUCCGCUUGCCUUAAGGUCAGCUUGCGCUCCUUCGGCCAGAUUUUUGUGUUCCUCUUUUGUUUUCCUUUUUCACUCUUCAAACAGCAAACCUCCAUCCCAUCGCUCAACUCCAUAUGACAAAUUGCUCUGGAAGCCCUCUCCAAUUUCAAUUCUUUGCAGUAGAGUCAGAGGGUGCUGUUUGGAAAACAAGCAGAAUAUUCUGCGGCGUCCACAGCUCUAAACCAUGUGCUUUCCUGAAUCGCAGCCAGUGUAAAUAUCCUGCCACAUAACCAAGUCAUCAAUGCUAGCAGUGAGUUCAAAAGAUCAGAGGAAGAAAUGUCUGCAGCAAAUAAUUUAUAUUCCCUGCUGUGUGUUUUGGGGAUAAUCUUCAUCAGAUGUACAUUGACGCCGUAUCAUCACCAUCAGUUGUGGGCAUGUAGGGGGAGUUCCCACUGAAUUUCACUUAAACCAGAAAUGGGAAACAUGGGCGGCUUUAAAAGAGGAUUAGACAAAUUCAUGGAGGAUAAAGGAUAAUGGUGGCUACUAGUCAUGGUGACUAUGCCCUGUCUCCAUGCUUGAGGGCAGAAAUGCCUCUGAAUACCAGUUGCUGGAAAUCGCAGGAGGGCAAAGGGCAACAGUUUGGCCACUGUGAGAACAGAAUGCUGGACUAGAUGGGCCAGCACACUCUUCUCAGAUACUGCUGAGCUACAGCUCCCAUCAUUUCCGACUAUUGACCACACUGGCAGGGCACUGCUUGCCCAUCCCUGACUUGAAGGUUCCUGUUCAGAUGAAAAAUCUGAGGGAAACAAAGACACUUAAACAGCAAAAUGUCUUGAGGGCAGUAGGAAAGAAUCCUGUAGAUCCUUGAUGGUCACUAAGGACUCAGCUAUACAGCUGCAAAUCAAACGUUUUAAGUGUAUUGUAAAGUGCAAUAUACAAAUGUGACACUAGGUGGCGAUGGUUAGCUAUGGCAAAUACAAUAUAUAAUUCAAAACUUAUUUUAUAUAUAUAUAUAUAUAAAAAGCAUUUUCACAGCGUUUUUUAAUACGUGUGUAGAUUCCACCUAAGUUUUGCCCUGAAGCCCAACUGUGAGGCAGAUUUGGGAUUUGGAAUUUCCUGCUUGGUUGUAAAACUUCUGAGGAUUAUUGAGACAAAGUGGGGGGAAGGAUUUCAGUGACACUAGUGACAUAUCUUAGGGAUGCUCUGCACAUCCUUAGCCUGCUUAGCAUUCCAUAAGGAUCGAGUCAGGUGCCCUGGAGAGAAAUGGCAAUUGUUUAAAUCAGCCUUCCCCAAACUGGUGCCCUCCAAAUGUUUUUGGAUUCCAAGUUAUGGAAUGAUCUCCUUAGCCUUACUUUGAGUGCAAUCCUAUUCAUUUGUUCAAUUUCCAUCCUCCCUAUGUUUUUAUAUAUGCUGUAAGCUCCCCAGAGUGACUGGGGAAACCCAGCCAAAUGGGCAGAGUAUAAAUGUUGUUGUUGUUGUUGUUGUUGUUGUUGUUGUUGUUGUUGUUGUUUCCAUCAAGCGGUGCUCAAGGUGGCCAACAGCUGCAAAAUAUAAAGCAAAAACACUAGAAAAUUACCAAAAACUGGCAGAGGAAAGCAUACUUAAAACCAACAAAAACAUCCAAUACACAGAAUAAACAGCAAUUUAUUUACGAUGUCCACAAAUGAUCAGCUUCAAGCUGGUGGGAAGCUGCCAGUCAGAGCAAACAAUAGUGGACUAGAUGGACAAAUAACCUGAAUCAGUAGAAGGCAUUCCUGCCAGUUUAUUAAACAUCCAUUGCGUUUGGCCCAUUGACUGCAUUCUCUUACACUGGGUGAAAUGGGGCAACCAAUGAUUUUCACACGCUUUUAUUUCAUGCAUGCAUAUCAGAGCUUUGGGUCACAGCAGCUGCCAAUUCUGAUUGCUUCUGCUUCUACAGGCGCUUGAGAAAUGGCCUCCUUUUCUUUAAUACAGUCAGAUCCCCUAAUGAAGGAAUAAUAAUGGACCCUGUGCUGGAGAGCUUAACCGUUUGAAUCAGAGUUACAUAAUGGCUAAGUACCAAAACAAAGUUAAGGAUGGAAGAUUAUAGUACCUUUCCAAGAGUGGCUGUGUGCAUGUCUAAAGCUGCAGCCACUAGAGCAGCCUGGCCUGGUUUUUCAUCUACACAAGCGAUGAAGCCAGUUUCUUCUGUCUGGACCAGGAUAAAGGUGGUGGUGAUGUUGGGAGAGAUGGGCUCCCCUUAGCAAGUGGAUUGCACACCAGAAUCUCUCCUUUCUACACUUGCAUCAGUGUAGACUGAAGGAGCAUCUCUCCCUAUAUAAUCCUGCCAGGGCUUUCAAGUUGGUUUGGGACGUUCUUUCAACAAUGCUGGCAUAGAAGGAACUGUAACUCAUUGGAGGGUCUUCUCAGCAAUAGCAGCCAGUUAUCAAAUACUCUCCCCACUGCACUUAGGUUGUAUAUUCUUUUUGGCAACCAAAUGAAGACUGUUUUCUUUCACCUGGUCUUCUGAGUGGGCAGUUCCAAGCCCAAGAGAUACUUGAGUUACAUACUGAAUAGAUGGAGAUGUUCAAGUUUAUUGGGUUUGACACUGCUGUAACCCACCCUGAAGUCCGAGUGAUGAGGGGCAGGAUUUAAAUCACCUAAUCAGUGAUGGCCAAACUUGCCCUCCAGCUGUUUUGGGACUAGAACUCCUAUCAUCCCUAGCUAACAGGACCAGUGGUCAGGGAUGAUGGGAAUUGUAGUCCCAAAACAGCUAGAGGGCCACGUUUUGCCAUCACUGACCUAAAUAAAUAAACAAUAAACCCCCUGAGCAAUUUGCCUGCAACAGAUCUUCAGUCCUUCUUCCAUCCACAGCACCAUCAGCCCUGAAUAAUUUGCCUGGUAAGUAACUCCCCUAAACAUGCCGAGUAAGUAGAUAGGAAUGCCUUGUAGCAAUAAAUUAGAGGAUGCUCUCAGUUGGUUGUGCAAUGUCUAUUUAUUGUCCUUGCAUUUGGACCUGCAGUUUCUGUUUCUUUUAAACACUGUAUAAUUUGAAUUGGUGGAUUAUUCUACGAUUGUUGUGUAAACCAACUUGCAACCAUCUACAGUGGUGCCUUGGUAGUCAAACAGCUUGGCUCCUGAACAAAUUGGCUCCCGAACGCCACAAACCUGGAUGUGGGUGUUCCAGUUUGCGAACGUUUUUCGGAAGCCAAAUGUCCGACGCAGCUUCCACAGCUUCUGAUUGAGUGCAGGAAGCUCCUGCAGCCAAACAGAAACUGCACCUUGGUUUUCAAACCAUUUCAGGAGUCGAACGGACUCCCGAAAUGGAUUAAAUUUGAGAACCAAGGUACCACUGAUAGCAAAAAGCAUUCUAUAAAUAUUGGAAAUCAACCAAUCAAUAAACCGUGUUUAGGUUCCACUGAUAGCCUUUUCCUCCAUGAAGUUGCCUAAGCCAUCACUGUACCUUGUGAGAGAGAAUGCCAUUGCUUCACUACAGCUCAGUUGACUUUCUCCUCCCUUUCUUUCUUUCAGGAAGCCUCGUGUGGCUAUGUGCUGAUCGUGACGGCAGUGUACUGGGUUUCGGAGGCAGUGCCACUUGGGGCAGCAGCCCUUGUUCCUGCUUUCCUCUAUCCACUGUUUGGAGUCAUGAAAUCCAGCGAGGUCAGACUUUACGUGUACUUUUCUUAUCCAUGCUACUGGGGCCUGAGUCACCUGUGCAUGCCGGCCCUUCAAACAAUUGCAGGGCAGACACAAGAAAGAUGGAGAAUCUGUGCUCUCUGUUGAGCAGGGAUAGAACCAGUGGGCAGAAAUGGCAAGGAAUCAGAUUUUGGCUCAACAUUAGGAGCAACCCCCUAAUGGUCUGAGUUAUCUGGCAGGGCAACAGAUUGCCUCAGGAGGAAGAGAGAGAGCUGUCUGCUGCAGGUAUUUAAACAUUGGCCAGGGGGUAGGAAUACUGAGGCUGUAGUCUGCAUUGCAGAUCUUGCACUGAGCACGGGAGCUGGGUUAAUUGAUCUCCUUAAUGCUGUGAUUCUAUUACGUCGGAUCAUUCCAUGACUUUGUAUUUGAAGGUUGGGGCCAACUGUAUUACUUUCUCCCUAGUACUGGAGAGCAGCAGGCAUGCACAUUUCUCUUUCCAACACAUAACACCUGCUUUUACGACUAAGGGAUGUGCACUGCAAAAUUCAUGCUCCUUGACUAAUCUGUAUUUUUGGACAGAGCAAAGAACACUUCAUUCAUUAUUUACAUUGUUUUUAUGCUUCCCAUUAACAACAAGUUCUCAGAGUAGAGUUUCUUUUAAAAAAUAUGUGCAAAUGCAACAUGAAAAUAGAGCACCUUAGUUAAAAAGGUUCCUCACAGACACUUUCAUGUUCUUUUCUCACUCUUCUUGGCUUGUGUCUGCAUCAUAAACUUUCUCUCCAACCUCCACCCCAACCCCUGGUUAGCACAUGCAACCAUUGUUUUAAUAAGCGUAAUCUUGAAUGGAAAGAAAAGAAUCCAUGUCAACCAGAAGCACAAAAGCCUUUAUUAUUCCACUUUAUCCCUUUCAUACCUCUUUGCAGCGUGGCAGAUACAAAGACUAAUGUUCUUACAAGCACACGGCUCUGUGCAAUAGGCAGCAGGUUUCUCCAGCUUGAAUGGGGAGAAAACCUUCGUCAUGCUUUCCAGUUUACCAUAGUGACUUGGCCCCGAUUUUCCAGAACUGCUGUGUGCUGAGGCUGCUGAGGCUGCAGCCACACCAUUCCUUCAGAGCACAUUCAAAGCACAUGGCUUCCCCCCAGAAUCUUGGGAACUGUAGUUUGACAAGGAUGCUGGGAAUUGGAACUCUUUGAGGGGUAAACAAUAGGUCCCAUGAUUCUUUGGGGGGGGUGCAAUGUACUUCACAUGUGUGGUGUGUACGCAGCCUCAGUAUUUUUGGGGGAAAGCUGCCAACCCAUUGUAAGCAUGCUUAUUUGGUAGCCAGUUCACACAUUGCCAGCAAUGGCCUGGGAGCCCCUGGGGCAUGGGUGGCUCUGCAGAUUUGCUGAUUGGAUUUACGGAUGACUUUCCAUAAGUCCUAAAGAAGUUUCCAAGAAUGUAAUACAGUAAUGAAAAUGCAUAUUUAAAAAAUAUUUGCUGGCACCGAAAUGAUGACAAAGAUGGCACUGGGUAGACCUUCCUGUAGAAAGAAUUCCAUAAAUCGGGAGCUACCAAAGAAAAGGUCUGUUCUCUUCAAGGUCCUUUGAGUGACUCAUAGAGAAGGGCUUCAGAUGAUGAUUUCAGGGUUUGGGCAGGUUUAUAUGGAGAAAGGCAGCAUUUUAGAUAUUGGGGUUGGAAGCUUAUUAAGACUCUAAAAGUCGCUUUGGGGCCUGUUUCUUGAGGAUUUCUUUAAAAAAAUAAAUCAGAAAUUGUUGCAGAAACGUGGAGAGCUGAUUUUAAGACUGGGAGAAUGAGAAAUUGAAAGAUACCCAAACCAGGAGAUUUCUCCAGCUCUAGACAGAAGUCUAAUUCUGCUGUGGUUUAUGAAUCAGACUGAACAGGGGACAUAGGGGACAAGGGAAAAAUAAAAAUGAAUGAAAGUCUAGGCAGGGGAGGGGAAAAGCUUUUUCUAGCUGUUUCUACACCUGCUCCUAGGAUGUUUCUCUGCCAGCAGUCAGCUCUCCCUAGAGGUUUAUCAUCCCUUACCUCGUCUUUUCUGCAGGUAGCUGCUGAAUACAUCAAGAACACCACCUUGCUCCUCAUGGGUGUAAUUUGUGUGGCAGCCUCUGUUGAGAAAUGGAAUCUGCACAAACGGAUCGCCUUGCGCAUGGUGAUGAUGGCCGGAGCGAAACCAGGCAUGUGAGUGAACCUGCUUUUUCACAGCAUGGAGGGAGAGAGGAAGAGUGUCAUGGGCCCUCCAGCAGCAGGUGGAGUCACUUCGCCUUCUGCUCCUUCAGGCUGCUGCUCAGCAGGUGAAGCCGACUCCUGGCCCAUGACAGAAAGAGGGAGAGGGAAGGAGAGCAGUUGAAAAGAAAGACACAGCGCUGUCAUUAAAGUGUCAAGUGGUGCUUAUUAGCCAUCAAGAGCACUGCUUCAGGAGCCCAGUGGGCUGACAGAAUGCAAGGCACACACUUAAUAAAUAAGUCACUAGGUUUCCAGAUACAUCACUAGGACAAGUGUGGAGUCUGCUUCAAUAGGAUGAAAAUAUUCUUCCCUUCCUCUUCCUGCCAACUUCUUCUCUCUUUGGUCUGUCAUCUCAUUGCUUUGUUGAUUCUGUUUUAAUUUCGGCUCUCAGUUCAGGAUGACUGGGGCAACUCAGCCAGUUGGGGAGGGUAAUAAUGAUGAUGAUGAUGAUGUUUCUAGCCUAUAGGUCAUAUGUAGUCCCCCAAACUCCCCUUUCUGGCCCUCAGGACUCUUUCCAGGCCACGCUCCCCUUGAACUGUGUGAUAAUGUCCCUUGCUUUUCCGGAUGGAGAGACAUGUGUAUUUGUGUGAUGUGUGUGUUGGACUUCCAACUUUUGCAUGGCUCGAGUGUAGCCUACUGUGCAAAGGAAAGAGCCACAGCUGUUGCUGCAACCACAUUUAUCUCUGGCCCCUCCCACCCUUGGGUUUGCCCCCCAAAGGAUGACCCACAAGGGAGGACAACCCUUAAGUUGGACAGGGCUAUCCACCCUGGCCUUUUUCCUCUUUGACACUUCUUUAAGUUGUGCAGGGCAAGUUCAAAAGUGCAUGAAUUCACUCAGAGCUUCCAGAAAUCCCCACCCACCUCCAUUUCAUUCUAAGCCACAUGAAUCUGAACUAUGCUUUCCUUCGUGAAUCUGCAGUUUCCCCCAAAGGGCUUUCCUUUCCCGUUCUCUAGGCUGCUCCUUUGCUUUAUGUGCUGCACAACUGUCUUGUCCAUGUGGCUUUCCAACACGUCCACCACAGCCAUGGUGAUGCCCAUUGUGGAAGCAGUGCUGCAGGAGUUAGUGAAUGCCGAAGAUGACCGCGAGAUGAAUGGUACCACUGGCAACACCAUCCUGGAAGAACGGGAGACUAUAGGUACAUGAUAGUGACACCCACUUCUGUUCAUUUAUUUAUAAGCAUUUACACACCGCUUCAUGUUCCAAAAAUCUCUAAGCAGUCAGUGUGCGGUCGGUCUAAAAAACAAGCAAUAUAUGAUUACAACAGAAACAAAAAUGCAACUGAAUUCCAUGCAGGAAGCUCAGUCCUCUGACUCUCCAGGUAGGGCUGAGGGACAAGCUGGACUGAAGCCCUGGACGGCCUCUACCAAUCAAUGUGGGCGAUACUCAGCUAGGUGGACCAAUGGUCCGACUCGGUAUAAGGCAGCUUCCUGUGUUCCUGUGCAAAACUAAUGAAACAGCAGUAUAAAAACACCCACACAAAAGCAAACAGAACAGAAAUUCAGAGGACUCGACACUUGUAAAACUGGAUCCAAACUGGGAAAGCCUGGGCAAAAGGUCAAGUCUUUAUAAGAUGUCUGGAGCUGUUCCACAUAUGGCAGAGGGAAGGUCAUUUCACAGUGCAGGGGCAACAUCAGGAAAUGCUCAUUUUGGGGUCACCACUCUAUGAUAUUCUGUAGGGUGUAGUGCCAUGAGUAUAAUUUCCCUAGAUGAACUAAAUGAUCUUACAGGUCUAUAUAAGGAUAAGCAGUCUUUGAAAUAAUUUAACACUCUCUUGUUCAUUUGAUUAUUAUUAUUUUUAGUAACUCAUAAUUAUAUUUAUCUUACUUAUUUAAAUGCAUUUUUAAGCGGGGAGGGAAGGGUUGAAGGCUAAGUCCAAUCCUAGCGUACAAAAAUUCUGAAAUGCAUAUAGGAGAAACAGGCGCCACCACUCCACCCCUUUUUCUCCUGCUACAGGUCUUGGCGAAAAGCGCGGGCAAACGUCCCUGGAGCUCUUUUUCAUCAACGAGGAGUAAGAAUGAAGCCCGUCCAGCUCUAAUGGACAUUUGAACCCUUUCAGGUCACAAUGAGAUAAAAUAUAAAAGCAGGAGCAGCAAAUGGCAUGAUCACAAAGAUUUAUUUUAUUUUAAGGGUUUUUAGAUGUUAAGGGAAUAUAUAAUGGGAUGUAUAACAUGAAGCAGACACACUCAGGAAUGGUUCAUGGUGGUGGUGGCUGGAAUUUUGUGUGCAAAGUGGCAUUUCAUUUGUUACAUAUAUUUAGGCACCAGGUGAAAACACCCCCUUUUCCCCCAGCCUUUGGCUAAUUAAACAAUCUAUGGCCUUUAAAACUGGGGGGGGGGGGGUGCUAUUGUUUUUGUUUGUUACUAGCUUAUGUAUUUUGUGGUUUUUUGUAUUGUAAACCACCCUGUGAUGCUUGGAUGAAGGGUGGUAUAGACAUUGAACCACAGCAAAAACUAUUAUUAUUAUUAUUAUUAUUAUUAUUAUUAUUAUUAUUAUUUCAGGUGGAAAUUAAGGCUGUGUACACACUAUACUUUGAAAGCACAUUCAAAGCACACCCCCACACCCCAAACAAUAAUUCUGGGCCCUGUAAUUCACCCCUCACAGAGUUACAAUUCCCAGCAACUCUUAACAAACCUCAGACUUCUUUGAGGGAGGGAAAUGUGCUUUAAAGGUAUAGUGUGGAUGCAGCCAGGUAAUUUGAUUUUCUUUCACAUUGUUUGCUUUUUUAAGAGCUUUUUUAGUCUGCCCAUUGCCAGAAGGUCCCAGGGUGGUGAAUGCAUACAUAUGAAUUCAUACAGUCAGUAUAUACCUUAUGUGUUUGUGGUGGCAAACACCGAUUGGCUGGGCUGGUGUGAUGACUUGGAGGGCUCAAUUUGCUUAUGGAAUGAAGCAGUUUGCAGUCAAGCUUCUCUAAGCACAGGGACAGUUGUCAGUUGGACUAAAACCUCUCACAGGUGAUUGCCAAAGAUGGGAGGUUGGAAUCCUGAGAGAUGCACAGAAGCUAAGGACUAAAGACGUCAUCCAGGCUCACUAGUUCCCCUUCCCAUGGGCCUUAUCCUGAUUCCAAAAGCCCACUCUCCUGUUCUCUUUAAAGAUAACUUACCAAUCAGUGUACAGAACAUCGAAAGCCCAGGAGAAGAAUGAAGAAAUGAAACCAGUCCUCCUUUCUCCAUUUCUCUUGCCCAGGCAAGCUCCUCACUCAUCCAUACUGGUUCUGUGCAGCAGGCUAAGAACCAGAACUAAGCAAACAGAAGCAAAGUUAUGGCAUCUCUCGUAUUUCAACCUGUGACUUUCCUGUAAGAUAAAGAGGUGGUGCCAUGGACAUAUCUCUAACCUACCAAUCUAGGGAAGUUCAUAUAAAGCGAUGGUCUUCUUCAAAGAACCCUGGGAACUACGCUAUAAGGGUUUAUUCUGAUGUUAGUCUCAGUGGUGGGGAAACUGGUGCAGGGCAACUCCUUCCCGCCAUGUCCAGCAACAUUGGAAGCCCCACUCCACGUGAAGCAACUGAUUUCCCAUUCCAGCAUUGUACCUUCUCAGAACUGGACAACACCUGGGUGAACCACAGUGGUGAUCUGGCUUGAACCAAGUCUCUACUCUGCCAGGAAACUCCUUUGGGCCAAUCAUUGUCAGCCUAGCCUUCGUUACUGGGUAGUUGUAAGCAUAGAAUUGGAUGACCCCAUCUAGAAUGCCAUAUUUCAUUUGCAUGGUAUGCAAUUGUACAGCGGCAAAUCAACAUUAAUUAUCCUCUUUUUUUUUGCAGUGCUACAACUGCUGACCUCAGCUCUCUGAUGCACUCCAAGGUAUAUUUUCGUAGGCUGAAUCCACUCUGUAAAAUAACAAGUUGAUUCUACAGAAAGCAACACAGGAUUGCAUGGUUUUCUUCCCUUUAAUGUGUCUGGAGGAGCACAACAUUCUAUGCUUAGAGGAAUGCUGCACUUCUGUUCUGCUUACAGAGGUCUGAUGUGGCUGCAUGCACAGCGCAGGCCUGUAGUGUGAAUCAGGGGGAGACCAGAGGUCAGUGGUAGAACCCACUUGCUUGGCAUUCAAAAGCUCCCAGGUGCAGUCGCCAUCAUCUCCAGCCAGGGCUGCAAAAGACCCCUGCCCAAAGCCCUGAAAAGUCACUGCCAAUCAGUAUAGAGAAAAAAAUACCAAGCAAGAUGGGCCGAGAGGGAUGGUGAAGAAGAUAUUUGUUUGCCUUUUAGGGAGAAACGACUUGAUUUGAGAACAAAACUGACAUACCUGGCCUCCCGUAAGAAUCAGUGACCUGACUUGGUCUAAAGCAAUUUCUUAGGUGCCUUGAUAUCUUCCCCAGGUUGUGCUACAGUUUUACUUUAGGUCGAGGGGCAUCAACUGAUUAAUGGGGUGUUACUACCAUUGUGGAGUUAGAAUGUGUUGGUGGUUUCCAAUUCCCAUGUUCACAUACAAAACUUGAUCUCUUAGUACUUAAUGAAUUAACAGAUGAAUAUACGAAUUACCCCCAUUGAAAUUUAUCGUGUUUGAGGUUAUGUAAACGCUCUCAUUAGCAAGCCUUCAGGUACCACAAAGCUUGAGAGAGAAAGCCAGUUACACAAUGUUUUUAUUGGGCCGGCUAACAUUGCAUUCACUUGGGAGUAACACCUUUCAUAUGCCCCCAUCCUUUGGGUCAAGCAGUGUGCAUUAAUGUGUGGGUAGAUUGAUUUACCAGUGGUCAGGGAACUGAAUCCGAUUCCUCCUGAAGCCUCUGAUGCUAAUGUACAGGGAAUGUGUUAACAAUCCUUUUAAUCCACUAACCAAACCAUCCACAAAUGGAAGCAUUUUUUUCUCAUAGGCAGUGAUUGCUCUUUGGAGAUGGGGGAGGGCAGGGGAACCUCUCUUGUUGUGAGUCACCAGGUGUUUAAGGUUUCAGAUGAUCAAGUGACUACCUGAUAAUUACAAUACUUAACAUUGGGUAUUAGGUGACUACAUAAGCAGUGGUUCUGUGAGGGGGCUGGCAAAAGCCGAUUUUCGAAAGAAUUGUACUACCAAACACUUGAAGGUGGCUUAAUCCUGUCCCCAUUAGCACUCCACUUCUAGAUCCCUUGGUGCUUAAAAGUAGAGAUGCCUGCUUAGGUUAUAAUUUAAACCCACAUGUAGAAUUUUAAUACAAAAUGCAAACAUAUCUCCUGAAGCAUGGGAAAGGAAGUAAUUUUGGAAGAGCAGCCAGUUUCUUUGUACCUUUUCUAUUUCGGGCAAAAGUGGAGAAAGGAUGUUCUGAUGCUGGCUGUCUCAUGCCCUGUCCACACCUGAGAAAAAAAUGCCCCCUUCAGAAGCAUGGGAUGUCUUGCCAACCCAUGCAUUACAUAAAAUUAUUGCUCUCACACAAUCCCUCCUCCUCUUAUGCAUUUUGAUUCACCCACUGACUUCCUGGUCAAUGUGGCUGCAUGGUGUGCAUUAAGAAUAACAUUUUAUUUGGCCCUAAUUGUUUGGUAAGUGUUGUCUUGACUUGAAAAGACCUGCUCUACAUCAAAACUUAUUUUUUACUGGAUCAGGCAGCAGCUUUGAUAGUGUUUCUGUAAUUGCACCAGUGGCGAAGCUGCAUGCUCUGGCACCGGGGGCAGAGAGCAGGCUGGUGUGUGGCUGGUGUGCGUCCUGGGGGGUGUGGCAUGCAUCCUGGGGGCAUGGCACCCGGCGCAGUGGGGGGUGCACAGCACAUGUCCAGGGGGGCAGCCGCAAUGGUAUCCCCCCUCCCUGAUGGUGCGGGGGCGGUGCGCUCCCCCCCCAUUCCUCUGCCAGUGAAUUGCACAGAAUAUUUCCGAUAACAUGAAAUAUCCACACAGGAAUUUCAAACUGGCUUCCAUCCAACUGGUGUCCUGGAAUGGCACUGAAAGAGUUGUUUUCUAAUGAAGGGGGAUUUCUCUUCCUAUAUAUAGAACAUGAAUGGCGUACACAUGAUUGCCAACACAAUUGGAACUGUGAGCUCCAAAACCAACGGGCAGCAUUUGCCUCAGGUAAGAACAUUCUCCGCUAUUGAGAGAGACAAUGAAUAACCCCAGGUUUAUUUAUCACCAUUGCUUGGAAAAAGCAGAACAUUUGAUGACAGCGACUGUUUGUGUUUGUGGCUCUGUUCCUGCCACUGCAGCUAUGCAGUUCAAAAGCUGUCCCCAGGGGUCCAGGAUAAGAACAUUCAGCUUAGCAUGGGAGCUGUCCAGUGCAGAGCCCCAGGGAGCACAGCAAGACAGAUGUUGUUUCAGCGAUGCUUCGGCUGCGCCUGGGCAGCUUAAUCUGUAUUGUGGCCCUACCUUACCUAACCUAUCUUCAGCAUAGCUGUCAACUUUUCCCUUUUCUUGCGAGGAAUCCUAUUCAAAAUAAGGGAAUUUCCCUUAAAACGUUUUCACGUUGACAGCUAUGAUCUUCAGAGUCCUGAUCCAGAACAUGUGCCUUUAGAGCCCUGCUUCCUCCUCAUGCAUAAGACUCGGGAAUGUUUGAGAUGCUGCCAGAGAAGCACUGUGCUUCCAGCUCUGUUCUCCAGCUCUUUUCCUUCCCUUGGACCUCUGUACCUCGGGGUGAUCCUGCAGGGUACAAAGCAGGGUGAUGAAACCAGUGAGGGCAACUUGCUUCUUCCAACCCUAUUAUUAUUUUUUUAAAGUGGUUAGUCACUUUAUCUUGCCCAAGGCAACCCGAAGCGACUUCUAAACAAGCAAACAGACAACAACCCCCCACACAAAUACAUUAAAACCAAAGGGGAAUAGAAAUACAUCAAAAACAUCACACCCAGCAUCUGACAGUAUCCUCAAGCAGGACACUGCCCGGGGUGAUGAUAUUGGAAGGGCUCUUGGUGUCUGCUGACUCCCUUUGACCCUGGCAAGCACUAAGCUCCUUGUCCUAAGUUUCAUUCAUUUCUGGUCUGAUCCCACCAGGAAAGUGGUGCGAUAUGCCACUACUUUUCAUAUGCAUAAUACUCCUACUAUUUUUUUAUAUUAAACAGUCUAUCAUAAAGUGAUCUUUCCCUCAGUGUGUAGUGCUGGAUCCUGACUUGACAAAGUGCCCUGUUGCAGGGUUCUCCUGUGUUGAUAACCCCACCCUUCUUUGACUUACGUCAUGGCCGCAACACUGUUCCUAAUUAGUCAUCAACACCAGAUGAUUUUUCUCUCAUAUACUAUAGUGUCACUCUUAAGCGUUGCGGAGAACUAAAAUGGCAGCUGAAAGACUUGGUCACCCAGUGUUGAUCAGACUAAAAUAUUUUAAAGGAGACCCAUUUCAAUGCCAGCCCCUGCUGAAGUGUUGAGGCUCAUGUGGCGCUAGGCUUGGCUCGUGUCCCAUUUGAGAGAUGAAUGUUAGAUUGAGAGAAUGAGAGAGCAAUUUGCCCUAGACCAUUCCAGACAUGAUUAAUUUGAGGCGGAAAGUCUGCCAACUAUUGCCCUGGACUUCUCACGUGAUUUGAGGAUUAUGAGCUCCUAACAAAACCUGUCUGAACUGAAUCUUUCCCGCAAGGCUGCAUGUGGCUCAGCAGCCUGAUUACUGUUGAGCCUUUAUUUCUGUCACUGACGAAGCAGUUUUCAGGGAACUGGAGAAGACACCUGUUCUGAAUCUUUCUAGUUCUUAGAGAAAAUAAGCUGUCUGCAGAACACAGGCAUCCUGGUACACAGAAAGCAUAUUUAUCAACCCAUCAAUGAAGCUCAGAGAGCCCUUUCUGCUCUUAACUUAGCUUCAGUAGAAACUUCCAGUUAAACCCUUUCACCAAUACUCAUAGCCAUUCCCAUUUCAGUGUGAAUUAAACCAUUUAUGCUUAACAAUAUCUGCCCUGUGAUUUUCUGCCGUGCUGGUUGGUGUGGACCGCCCUGCAUUUUGCUUUCAAUUUUAAAAUUUACACCCUGCUUUUCACGGUGUAGGUCUCAAAGCAGCUUACAACACCCAAGAAUUACAACAUACAGACAUGUGUUAAAUGAUGUGGUUUCUUUACAGGCUCAGAUCCUUGUUCUGCCACCUCAGCCUCAAAGUUUAGACCUAAGCAGUAAGCCUCGGUACCCAACCAAGCACGAUCAGAUGGUCUGCAAGUGCCUCUCGUUGAGCAUCUCCUACGCGGCAACCAUUGGGGGACUCACAACCAUCAUCGGCACCUCCACAAACCUCAUCUUCCUGGAGUAUUUCAACAAGUGAGUAAUGCAUGCGCAGUGCACAUUUAGCAAGACCAGUGUAAAGACCUGGUAACCUGGUGUGGUUACAAGCCAUGUGAAGUGAAUGGCAGGAGUUGGUAAUGCAGGUGAGCUGUGCACAAGCAAGCUGCCAGCUAGCUCUGCUGAGGCUCUUUUUAUUAGCACAAUAUGCAAAACCAGUCAGAUACAUUUUGGACUGUGACCUUUACACAUCUUCCAAUCCUGAGAUCGUGGGGUGGUACAAAGUUAUUUUGGCACCUGUUUCCACUGCGUCAUUUUCCCCUUGAACAAUGUAUGAUGAAGGAGAAAAGGUCACAGACAGGGCAUGGCAGACCACCAAAAGAGCAAAGGUUAAAUAGAGGGCAUGGUGUUUAGACAGCUAUGGCUUGUCUGCGGGUGGAAGUGUGCUCCACACCCGGCGGUCAUUCCUUCAUCAUGGAGCUGGUUCCUGGUGACCCUUAUAAGAGCCCUGAAAGGAAGCAAAGACAGUCCCCGUAUAACAGAUGGUGAGCUAAGACUGAGAAAUAGUGACCUGCUUCAGGCUCCUCAAGAGAGAGAGAGUUCUCGCUGAAGUACACAUUUGAACCGGUGGACUUUGUCACCGCUCUUUUAACCGUACCCUAGACGGAACAGGCUUCUUUUUUCAUUUCUAUUUACGCUCUUCUCUAAUUCUUUAUCACUACAGGCUCUGGAAUUGAAGGGGAGGUGGUGGCAGGGAGGGGGGAAUCCUUUUGUUUCUGGGACGGCUCCAUCUGUUCUAGUGAUUUGUUCCCCCUGCAAAGUAAUAAUCUUCCAAGUGCAACAUCAUUAUGCUUUUUAAUGUAGCAAAUUAUGUUAACAAUAGAUGGGAAAUUAAUGAAGCCAAAGGCAUGCCUAAACUACUUCAAAAGAAAAACGAUCUGAUUUUAUGAAUAUUUUCAUGCAAAUUUACUGUUUAACGAUUAGCAAGAGGGGAGGGAGAGAGGGGGAGGGAAUAAAAUGCCUGAGAGGGGAAAACAGAAUUUAAGGACGGUGCUCUGAAUUCCCCCCGCCCCCUCAAGAACUCUUAUAUAGAGUUCUCCACAAUGGAACCUAUUGUGUUUGCUCAGCCAACCAAAGAGCCAAAACUUGCUAUCUCUCAGGUUACCCUGAAGGCCAUUUCACAGAUUACACAUCCAAGGCUGAAACUCGGUGUUAUGGCCCAUGCUUGGCAUGCAAAAGGAGCCAGGUUCAAUCCAGGUAGGACUGGGAAAGAUUUAUGGAGAGUCGGAGUCACCAAUACGGAGCGAAAUUAACUACCGUAUUUUUCGCACCAUAGGACACACCGGACAAUAGGACGCACUUUGUUUUAGAGGGGGGAGAACAAGGGAAAAAAAUUCUCCCCCUCUCUGCCCAGCGCCCCUUCAGUGAAGCGGCAGGAGGUGCUGCGCAGAGAGGGGGAGAACUUUCCCCCUCUUGUUUUCCCGCUCUAAAACAAGGUGCCGUUAAGGUGCGUUCAGGCGGCUACCUUGGAAGCCUGGAGAGCGAGAGGGUCGGUGUGCACUGACCCCUCUCGCUCUCCAGGCUUCAGGUUCCUUCGACCUGCUCUUUGGGGCUGGAGGGGGGAAUCCCACCACCAGCCCCAAAGAGCAGGUCAGGGAGCAGCGGAAAGGCGCAGCGGAGGUGCUCCUGCCAUAGCCGCGUGUCACCUCUCCAGCCGGGAAAGGGUUGUGGGGCUAUGGCUUCUUUAGCCCCGUGCGCGCUCUCCCGGCUGGGGAGGUGACGCGCGGCUAUAGAGGCUCCUGCCAUAGCCGCGCGUCACCUCUCCAGGCAGGAGAGGGUCGCGGGGCUAUGGCGUCUUCGCUCCAUAGGACGCACACACAUUUCCCCUUCAUUUUUGAAGGGGAAAAAGUGCGUCCUAUAGAGCGAAAAAUACGGUAAUGCUCUGACUUGUCUAUUAUGGAACUUACGUCAAGGGAGUUCUGCAUAGCAACUUCCUUAUCCUUCUGAUGCUGGCAGAUGAAGACUUUUCAUAGAAUAAUAAAAUUGUAGAGUUGGAAGGGAUCCCAAGGAUCGCCUAGUCCAACCCCCGGCAAUGCAGCUGUCCCAUUUGGGGAUCAAACCUGCAACCUUGGUGCUAUUAGCACCAUGCUCUAACCAACUGAGCUAUACUAAUCUUUUUGGGGGCUGUUCAUUUGUUUACUUGGUAUUUUAAAGGCAUCCUGAAGCAGGCAGUACACAAGGUGAACUUGAAAAGGGAAAAGCAUCGUAUAGGUCCCUGAUGCUGCCUGAAAAAGCAUACUACAAAGUGGCUGUUUUUGAUUUCCUUACAGCCAUUAUCCCAAUGCUGAAGUGGUGAAUUUUGGAACCUGGUUCUUACUCAGCUUACCCAUCUCCCUCAUCAUGCUGGUGCUGACCUGGUUUUGGAUGCAUUGGCUUUUCCUUGGAUGCAAGUAAGUGGGGUCUGCAAGAUCUUCGUAAAAGCUCAGCACAGCUCAGCAGUAGAGCAUAUGUUUUGCAUGCAGAAGCUCACAGAAACGUCCACCAUUUUGCAUCAUUGGAUGUCCAAUACUUUUGUCAUGGGAAGACAUCUAAUGGAGCUGAAUGUUGGGAGAUUCAUGCAUACUUAAACCAUGGAACUCACUCCCACAGGAGGCAGUAAUAGCCACUGUCGUAGUCCUGUGCUGCCACAGCAGAGCUCAGUGGAGGGAGAAACCAGCCAACCAGCUGUGUCUCAGGGGGGAACUUGCCUGAAGGCAGAGUCCGUAUACAAGGUCCAGUCCAGUCCUAAGGUCAGGAGUAUCUCAGUUCAUGUAGUCCAGUGGUUCUCAACCUGUGGGUCUCCAGAUGUUGUUGGACUACAACUCCCAUCAUCCCUGAGCUCUGGCCUUGCUAGCUAGGGGUGAUGGGAGUUGUAGUUCAACAACAUCUGGGGACCAACAAGUUGAGAAAGGCCAAUGUAGUCAGACGGUCCAGGGGUCAAGAAAGCUGAGGGUCCAAGGUCACGAGAAGCAAGAAGCAGCAAGGUUUGGCCAGUAAUGACAAAUGUUGUUUCCAGCAACUGAAUGAGGCUCGAAACCCUGCUUAAGAAAGCUGGAGCCAGUUGGUUCUCAUUAGGAGCAAGAAGGCUGAUCAGUAGCGGGUGGAGUCACUUUGCCUCCUGCUCCUGCAGACUACUGCUCAGCAGAUGAAGGUGACUCCUGGCCCAUGACAACCACUAACUUAGCUUGCUUUAAAAGAGGAUUAGACAAAUUCAUGGAGGAAAGGGCUAUUGAUGGCUACUAGCCGUGAUGGAGGCUAAGCUCUGGUCCCACUGUCAGAGGCAGUAUGCCUCUAAAUACCAGUUGCUAGGAAUCGCAGGAGGGAAGCAUGCUGUUGUUCCCAGGUCCUGUUUGUUGGCUUUUCACGGGCACCAUUUGCUUGCAAAAGUGCAGCUUUGUUCUGGUUGACUGUUGAGAUGCUCAUGUAUCCUUGCUCCUCAGAUGAAAGAUUGGAAGGUAUCUAAGGUAGGACCUUGUCUGCCUUGGCACCCACUCUUUGGAAUUCUUUGCCAAAGGAUAUCUGCCUAGCAACUUCCAUGUCCUCAUGUUGCUGGCAGGUGAAGAUUUCCCUUAGAACCAUAGAACUGUAGAGUUGGAAGGGACCAUGAGGCUCCUCUACUCCAACCCCUGCAAUUCAGGAAUCUUUUGCCCAAUGUGGGGCUCAUGACCCUGAGUUUAUUAAUCAAUUAUAUUUGGAGGUUUUAUUUUUUAAAAAAACCAGAGCCUUCUGUUCUUCAAGUCACAUUGAGAACUAUGCUAAAUAAAGAAAUAGUUUUCAUGCUAGUACAUGAAUAGCUGGAAGAUGUUAAAAACCUCUGGUUGCCCCUGGCUUUUUCUGGCAUUAAAUAUGGAUCUGUUCCAUGUGCUUUACCAUUCAGUCCAAUAAGUUGUCUGUUCCCUAGCAAAAAAGGGGGGGCUAUAGUAAAUCAGAAAUAAUUUAUAAUCCCACGACAAGUCCUAACAUGAUCCACAGUUCUUUCACAAAGAGCAUUUGCAUUCCACAUUACAGUUCCAAAUAUUCUCUCUAACAAGGGUUGGUUUUUUAAAAAAUCCGUAAGGGAAUUAAAGCGUUAGCAACCUAUUAUGAAACAUUAAUGGAUUCUGAGGCUCAUUAAUCUCUGACUCCUGCUUACUGCAGUUCAUUCAGGAAUAUAUUCUCCUGGAAACCUGAUGCUGCAAUAGUUCAAGAGGAGGGAAUAUGUGAAGACACCAAAGACUAUUCUUUCUGACCUAGACAGUGAGUCAAAAGUGUAGGACAAAGCAAGGGAGAAGAUGGGGGCAAGAAGGUCCUCGGAACAGGGUUUGUUUGAGCAGAAGCUUGAUUCUUAUCGUGACAGUGUCAGGGUUUGGUGAGAUGCCCCUGUGCCAUCCUGGCAUUGCCAGCAUCAACCCAGUGUGGCAUGGGCACUGUCAUUUAUGAGUGACAUCAUGGGGAAGAAAUUCAAUUCAGUUCACAUUUGAAUGUGAAUCGACCUAAUUCAUAGUCAUCCUUAAAAAGUUGCCCUUCUCUGAAUAUUGCAAUGCAGUUCUCCGGUCAGGUAAACAUAUACAAAAAUGCAUAUGCUGGGUAAACUGGGCAUAAAAAAUUGUGCAUGCAUACAAACAUGCAUUAUAUUAAGGUAAAUUGCUUGCAAAAAAUGUUUCUAGAAGAAAGGCGUAUAACUUUUCAUGAGAACUUAAAAAGAAUUUGCAAACUCAUGUGGAAAACUAAAUUUAAGGCUAGGAAAAUGAGAAACUGAGUGAAACCAGAAUUGACAGAUUCGCUCCUUCCUACCUCAGAUUGACUUAGAUAACAAGAGGCUUUGGAAUUGUCACAAGUAUGUAGAGGGCAGAGCCAGAGGUGAGGCCAGACCCCUUUAAAGAGGAAAGGGAAACUGAAGGGCGGGAGGCAAGAGAGAGUGAAUGCAGCACAAGAAGAAGUCAGGCUAGGCAGGUUAGGAGAAAGAAGGCUGGGACGCCCUGCUUGAUUCACCUGCCACCCAGAGAUUGGGCAAAGAAACCUGGACCUUGCAUGGCAAUACCCAGAAUUGAAGAUGAUGAGCCCUAGUUGAGUAGGUCACUUACCCUGCUGAGAACCACAUAAUUAAACUACAACUAUUGCACCAUAGGGAUGUGGGUGGCGCCAUGGGUUAAAACACAGAGCCUAGGACUUGCCAAUCAGAAGGUCAGUGGUUCAAAUCCCUGCGACGGGGUGAGCUCCCGUUGCUUGGUCAAUGCUCCUUCCAACCUAGUAGUUCAAAAGCACGAAGUGCAAGUAGAUAAAUAGGUACCACUCCGGCGGGAAAGUAAACAGCGCUUCCGUGCGCUGCUCUGGUUCACCAGAAGCGGCUUAGUCAUGCUGGCCACAUGACCCGGAAGCUGUACGCCGGCUCCCUCGGCCAAUAAAGCGAGAUGAGUGCUGCAACCCCACAGUUGCCACCAUUAGGGUCAGGGGUCCCUUUACCUUACCUAUUGCACCUAUAAGUGAUAUGUAAUGGCCACCAACUUGGGUGAUUUAAAAAAAGGAUUAGACAAAUUCAUGGAGGAUAAGGCUAUUGGAGUCUACUAGACAUGAUAGCUAGGUUCUGCUUCCAUUGUUGGACGCAGUAGGCCUCUGGGUACCAUUUCCUGGGAAUCGCAGGUGAAGAGAGUGCUGUUGUGCUCGCUUCCUGCUUGCAGUAUCUGGUGGAUCACUGUGAGAACAGGAUGCUGAACUAGAUUGGCCCUUAGUCUGAUCCAGCAGCUUCUUUUUAUGUUCCGUGUCCUUGUCCCCAGGUACUUUGUGUAACUGGAUUUCAGCACUUGGUUCCACAAAAUUAGCCAACUUUGUGGGAGGCUGCAUCAAGGGCAACUUUUCCUUGGUUCCAGCUGCUCUUUGCAGCAUGGAGGAGCAGGGGUUGUGGUGGAAUCCUGCUUGGAGAAGUACAAAGAGGUACAAAAACAAAGACGCACCAGAGAAGGAAGCUACCCUGUAAAUAGGGUCACUCCUGUGAAGCUUCAAAACUAGCCAAGACUUGAUUCCCUGGUGCUGUUGAUUCAGAGAAAUGAAUAUAUAUUUUCUGGCUGUGAUGACAGACUCACUGACUGAGGGUGAGUGAGUCAGAGGCUAGGAGAUAGAAUGUCUUGGCUCUCCCAAAGGAUGCCUUGUUUCCCAAUAAGUUGUGCGCUCAGAAAGAAGGACACAUGAAGCUGUGUCAUCCCACAUUGUUGCUCAGUGGUAGCCAACAUGGUUUCCUCCUGAUGGCUGGACUGCAACUCCCAUCAUCUCUGACCAUUGACUAUGCUGGCUGAGACUAAUGGCAGUUGGAGUCUGACAGUUUCCAUGUUGGCUAUCCCUGCUCUAGCCCUUUGUUGUUUGCUCUGACCAGCAGUGGCUCUUGAAGGUCUCCAGUAGAAGUCCUUCUCAUUGUCUGCUCCAUGACCAUUUAAGUGGAAAUCAAACUUGGGGGUUUCUUCAUGCAAAACAUGUGCUCUGCUACUGAGCUGCCCCUUUCCUGAGGAGGCUAAAGAGCAAGAACAGGUUUAUCGUGAAUGGAGAAGCAUUGUCGAUUCCAUGAGUCACCUGACCGAUUGCUGAGUCAGUGGAGUUUGGAGAAUAACAGCGGCAUUAUGUUUGAAGUUCUGCCUUUUGGCCAGCUGCAUCAGCAGUAUUCAAGAACGGUGGCCAGCUGGCUUGAUGUACUUUCUUCUGAUAAGCUGCUACUGCUGCGGUAGAGUCUUGUUGCUAGAGUCCUGACCUGAGUGCUGUGGGGCUUACUGUGAUAUGCUCUUUGCUCAGGUGCAGAUUGCACCAGCUUUUCAUGCUGUGUUCAGAACCAUUUCUUGCAAAACACAGGUGGUAGAGAUGUAGGGGCCAGCUCAUUUUAGCUCAGAGGUGAGGAAUCUCUGGCCCUCCAGAUGAUAUUGGAUGCACUGCCUUCAGUGCUGACUAUCGGCUGCUCACAGUCACAGUUACAGUUUUUCCUUACAUGCCCAUGAUCCCUGACUUUUGGGCACAUUGGCUAAGACUGAUGGGAGUUGUAGUCCUGCAACUUCUGGAAGGCCACAGGUUCCCCACCUGUGAAGAGAAACCACAUUUCAGUGGAAACUAUGCAGAAGGGGAUCUACCCCUGUUUAUUUUCACUAUCACCCAAAAAUGGUACAGUUUGGGUGGGUUUGAGAGAGGGAUUGUAAUUGGCUCACCUUUAUCCAGUAUAUGGAUUUCAAGUUGAGUGAUGAAAAUAGAGAAUAUUUGGUGCAAACCGAGUUAUACAACUCUAAUUGCUUUCUGUUUCCAUGCCUCACAUUAUUUUCAGUUUUAAAGAGACAUGUUCACUAAGCAAGAAGAAGAAGACCAGACGGGAAGAGAUGUCUGAGAAGAGAAUCCAGGAAGAAUAUGAGAAACUGGGAAAUAUUAGGUAAAAUCAUAGAGUCAUAGCUUUGGAAAGGACAUUAAACAUCACCAGGUUUAGCACUCACAGCAUCCUGUCUAGUUUCUGCUUAAAUAUCUACAGCAAAGGAGAGAUCCACCACCUCCCGAGUCAGUCUGUCAAACAGCUCCUAUCAGUAGGAAGUUUCUCUUGAGCUUCAGCCACAAUCUGCUUCCCUUCCAUUUCCACCCAAGGGGAAGGGCUGUAGCUCAGUGGUAGAGCACCUGCUUUGCAUUCAGAAGGUCCCAGGUUCAAUCCCCGGCAUCUCUAGGUAGGACUGAGCAUUUUCCUUGUUUGGAACUUUGGAAAGCCAUUGCCAAGUAGCAUAGAAAAUACUGUGUUCGAUGAACCAAUGGUCUGGCUAGGUAUACAGAAAUUGCCUAUGUUACCUCUUGAGUCUGUUCUGUCUUCUAGUCCUUUAAAUAUUUGAAGAACUGUAUAGGUUUUGCUUCUCAUGCAUAGGCAUCGGAGAAUUUGAUUCAAUUUGCAUUUAAAGGCAAAGUUACAUAAUUUGUACUUUCUAUAACAUUACAUGAAGCAAAACUCAGGUGUUCUUUGAAGUUCACACUUCUCUGAACUUUGCAGUACAGUUCUCCAGCCAAGCAGAAAUGCAUGUAUCAAGUUAGAGUGCAGCUAGAAAAGCAUAUAAUUAACAUUAAUGAACAUGACAUACAAAAAUGCAUUAUAUUAGGGGAACCUGCUUUGUAGAAACGAUCAUACUAGAAAAGAAUUGCUUACAAAAAGGUGCAUAUUAGAAUAAAUUCUGAUGGAUUUUCAGGCAGACUCUUUACUUUGAAAAAAUCAUAAACUAAUGUGGAGAAUUUAAGAUUGGGAAAAUGAGAAACUGAGAGGAUGGAAAAAUUGCCCGUUGCUACACAUGCACAGCUGUCAACUGAGGAGCUGAGUGUUUGUUUUUUUAACUAAAAAAAAAAAGAGCUAACUGCUAAUCGGUAAAAUCUUUCUUUAUUGGCCUCUCUAGUAUUAAAUGCUUCCCCUUGUCCCAUUUCCUUUCUAGUUAUCCAGAGUGGGUGACAGCGUUCUUUUUCAUCUUGAUGACUUUGCUCUGGUUUACAAGGGAGCCUGGAUUUGUCCCAGGCUGGUCAUCCUUCUUUGGAAAGUAAGUUCCUAGUUCGUAGCAAUAACUUUUCCAAGUGGAGUUGGGAGGGGCAGAGUGGGCAAGAAGGACCUGUGUAAUAUUUGGUGCCAUAUUUAAUACUGAAAUGUCAACGAGGCCUCCAGCGCCACAUUUGGUGUCAGGCAAACGCCCCACCACCACCGAGACCAUUCCAUUGUAACUAUCCAACCUCCCAAAAUGUUAACACCUCUUGCGAUGGUUUGACCCCUUUCCACUUUAACAGUACAAAUUCUACAAGCACCCUCCAUAUCUCCUCAAAAUCAUUUCUCCUGCAUAUUUCCCGUUUUACCUUAAUGACACAUGUCAAUUUAUCAUUAAUAGCUAUAUCCCACACCUCUUGAUGCCAUUCUUCCAUUUAAAUUAUACUUGCCCCUUCCACUUCCUAGCUAUAAUAAUGUGUGCAGCUGUCAAUAAAUUUGUGGGCAAGGCCUUCGGUCUAUGCUACCCUUAAGCCAUUUAUGGCAAUAAAUGCGCUGCCACAACUUACAAACGUAGUUUUUCAGUUUUUCUGAAGAUACAUAUGUGAAGCUUCAGCCCCAAAUAUCUGAAGGACCAUCUCCUUCCCUCCAGACCCUCUCAGGCUGUAAGAUUUGAGACUUUCUUUGUUGUUGUAGCACCUUCAGAGAUUUGAGGGAUGACAACUCAGGAGAGGGCAUCUUUUGGGGCUGCCCCCAUGCUGUGGAAUUCCCUCCCCACAGAGGUAGAUUUGGCACCUUCAUUUUGUAGUUUUCCUAGCAUUUUGAAGACACAUCUCUUUGUCAUGGCCUUUGACACUUGAGAUAUAUAUUAGGACCCACCCUGGUGUUACUGUUCCUAUAACAUGUAUAAAAUAUAUGGCGUGGUGUUUUGGGGGUGUAACAUGGAGUCUAAGAACUGCAAGAACAUGAGCAGCAUGCCAGUAAAACUUGCAACAAACCAUUAAGAGGAAACAGGAGGAGCCACACAGAUCUCUGCUGCCUGUUUUCCCUGCCUUCUAUAAAACAACUCCCAUGUCUCUUCCCUAGGAAAGGCUAUCGGACCGAUGCCACAGUCUCUGUUUUCCUUGGGUUCCUCCUCUUCUUGAUUCCAGCAAAGAAGCCAUGCUUUGGAAAGAAGGGGAAAGGUAUGAGGGACUCAAACAUAAGAGCACUCGCCACAUCUUGUAUUAGCUCCUUUUGGUCUCCAGCCACACACAAAGUACCUGCAGGGGAGUUCACACAUUCAAAUCAGUCACAACAGUGAGCUUCAGAUAAUAUUUGUUUCCAGAUUGGCUCCCAUUGGGAGCAUUUGCGUAACAUACGUAGGUAAGAGGCAAUGAUGUAUGAUGAUUAACCACAUGGGGGCAAUUCCAGCCAUUUGCAUUCUAGUUUGCUUGUGAACUCUGAGGCUUUCCUGAAAACUGGCUGUCAGAUGAUGGUGUGGUUGCUCGAGAGUAAACAGGCAAGACUCCGACCUGUCUUUUCCAGACUUUAUUCUUGGUGCAAACUAUUUACAGUGAAGAGCGUUGUAAGUUCAUGUCUGGCUCAGUCGCUAGCAGAAUCUGGGAGUGGUCGGUUUUUGUACCUCCCCCAGCAUAAAAGUCGCGUCGCCCCCAACCUUUUCCAUCCCUCCCUGCACCAGAGCCUACUGCACAGAAUGGGCGCUGGCAGGGGCGAACUUCCCGCCUCUCCGGUUUGCUCGGCUUGGUGUUGAGGCUCUCCCUAGCAUCCCCUGGUCCCUGCACCUCUUCUCCACUGGAGGUGGGGCUUUCCUCCUCACCGGAAGAGGAACUGCUUCGCAAGAUUUUCGGAGGCUCCCUGUAACACAACUGCCCUUCCAUCUCUCGCCUCUGAGCUGAUGGCAGUUCCCUGACACUGGCCUUCCCUAAGAUGAUGCCCUCCUGAUGUUUGGGACUACAACUCCCAUCAACCCCAGCAUCAUACAACCAUGCCGGCUAAGCUAUAUGGGAGUUGUAGUCCAAAACGUUGGGUAAGGCUACUGUAAAAGAAGGCAGUGGUCUUCUGCUAGAUUAAUAAAUUCUUACUUUUUAUAGGAGGGCCAGACUUCUUUCCCUGAGGCUUUUCUUUUCACUAGGCUCUGGCUGGGGCCAGCUUCCAUUUUCUCAGCCCUUUUGUCCCAUCAGCCUCCCCUCCCAAUAUAUAAUGUCAAAGGCCAGGUUAAAGAGGUGUAUCUUCAGCAUAUUGCAGAAGCUAAAGGUCUAAACAAACCUUUUGGUGGGGGGGGGGAUUCCACAAUUUAGGGGUUGCCUCUUCCUUACCUCAGAUUCUCCAGGCUUGUUUCAGCUGGGCAUGAUCACAGUUUGCUUCACACACUCACUUCAGCAAAUUGAAAGCAGAACAGGAACAACAGUUUGCCCCUCAGAAGAAAAUGUUGGCCUUUUGCGACUGCUAAGUGAGACCACUUUUAACCCAAGCCUUCUUUUUCGGCACAUCCUCAGUGUAUGCGGUUUCAUAUAGGCUCCAGUUUCUAACUAGAUUUGUGGGUUUUGUUUUUUUAAAAAAAGUUCAGAACAAGCAACCAAUGUAGAGGGAGGAUGUCUUCAUUCCUGUCAGUCCUGUUCCAGGACUCUGUGUUUCUUUGUGAACAUUUCCUGACAAUGUGUUCCAUGCCAAUCUGAGUUUGCAAAAGAACCUGGGGAAAUGACAAUUUUAUUUUUCUAUGUGUGUUUUCCUUUGAUGCAGGAGAUGUUCCGAAUUCCACCAAUGUUAACGCAGGGGAACCAAUAAUCACCUGGAAGGACUUUGAGAAAACCAUGCCCUGGGAGAUUGUGGUCUUGGUUGGAGGAGGUUACGCUUUAGCAGCUGGAUGCAAGGUAACACCAUUAUCCCCAGAUAACCCCCUGUGCUAUAAAACUGGGAUCCACACAUGUCAGAGCUCCUUAACAAUGAUGUAACUCUCUUCAAAAGAAUGCUGUUUUAUCUCAGGUCACACACACCCUAGUCACUCAGUUUCACUCUCUCUGGUGCCCCUAAGAUACUAUUCUUUGAGCUUCCUCCCUCUCUCUUUUUCUCCUUCCUGUUCUACAGAUGUCCCUAUGACACUGGACUGACAUUAUACUCUGAAGACUGAUGGCUGGAUGACUUUCACUGUAAUAUUGGGGCCUAGUCACAGUUAGAGAUGAAGUGAAUUCAGCACUGCAGUGAAUUCCCUGCAGUUGGAAAUCCUCACCCCAGUUUGAGACCCUCGGUCCCUCCCGAAUUUAGAAGUGGGUCAAAAACAUUGAUUUAGUUCUAUUAAUUUGUACACCAUCCUUCAUCAUGUUGACAUGAUCUCCAGGAUGGGUUCCAGCAAUACAUAAAAAUGCAUUGAGCAAAAUUUAUAAAUGAAUGUUAAUGCAAUCCAGUUAGUAAAAUCACAAUAGACCAAAAGCAUGAAGCCAAAGAAUUCCUGGUGGCUGCAGGAAGGCCCCAGGCUCAAUCCUUAGUUUUAUUUUUAUUUUUAUUUUAUUUUAUUAAUUAGAUUUAUAUACCACCCAUCAUACAAUCUUAGGGUGGUUCACAGAAUAAAAUACAGGAUAAAAACAAGUAAAUAGCUAAAACAAAACAGCAAAACAAUAACCCCCGCUUCGCUUCCCUACUCUACUCUGAAGGCAAGAUUAACAUAAGCAUACUGAAGUGGAAGCAACAUGAAGACCAUUUCUUUCAGCAAUCUCCCGUUAUGAUGAGAGAUCCCCCACUCACUAUUCUGAACAACUUUUUAAAAAAAUAAAAAAUGCAAGAGUGCACUAUACUAAGAACACACAUACAGUUUUGCAGAAAUAGAUUACUGUACAGGGAUUGCCAAAUCAGAAUUGUAGGGUCAUCUUAAAUUUAUGAGGAAAACCUACUUAGGGAACAAAAGUUAUUGUGAGCAUUUUAAUCUAAAUAUAAUCAUUGCUGCAAUUAUUAAGAAAACUAUAGUAACCAAUGCCUUUUCUCUGGCUUCUGGCCCAUGUAAACUCUCUUUCUCCACCAGCCAUCAAGCCCACUGCCUCCUCUUGCUCCAUGACAGGAAGGUAUCGGAGAAAGUAUCUCCAAGCAGGGCAUUUGGAAGGUGGGGGCAGAGAUGAGGGAAAGCCCCAUUGUGUUACUGAGGGUCCUUGUGCUAUCUUCUGCUAAUUUAGCAGAACCCAGGCCACAUAGCCCAACUUGGUACAGUGGUACCUCGGGUUAAGAACUUAAUUCGUUCUGGAGGUCCAUUCUUAACCUGAAACUGUUCUUAACCUGAGGUACCACUUUAGCUAAUGGAGCCUCCUGCUGCAGCCACGCCGCCACUGCAUGAUUUCUGUUCUCAUUCUGAAGUAAAGUUCUUAACCCGAGGUACUAUUUCUGGGUUAGCAGUCUGUAACCUGAAACGUCUGUAACCUGAGGUACCACUGUAUUCAGUUAUAUGUGCUCAACUCAGUGUAGUGGCCAGUCCAUUAUGUAUUCCUGCAGAGUAGUGAGACUGAUGUCGUGAAAAGAUGCUGAUGGACUGGAGAUGUCCAACUUCAGUUUUUUUCACCCAAUGUCUUUCCCCCACAGACUUCCGGCCUUUCCACAUGGAUUGGGCGACAAAUGUUAUCCCUGAGUAGCCUUCCCUCUUGGGCUGUCAGUCUGUUGGCCUGUGUCCUGGUCUCCAUAGUAACAGAGUUUGUUAGUAACCCAGCAACUAUAACCAUCUUCCUACCUAUUUUAUGCAGCAUGGUGAGUACAGACUUUGGAUCAAUUUAUUAUCAAUCAAUCACCUAGUUACAGAUAUGUCUCAAGGCAACUUGCAGACAUGUCUUUAAAACAGCUAAAAUGGUUUUUAAAACAGUACAAAUACAGCUGAAAAUAAGUUUGAAAACAAUACAAAAUGAAGACCCUAAAACUUGCUGAAACAAACUUAUUAUUGCAAAGUAAUCCUACACGUGCGUACCUAAAAGUAAGCGCUCUCAGGUAAAUGGAUAUAAGAUUGCUGCCUUAGUCUUGGAGUCAGCAACCUCUUAGGACCCAUAAGCUGUUGUGGACACUACAAAAUACCCAUUUCACAGAAGAAAAAUGGAUGGUGCUCAACCGCCCCUCCCAAAUAGAAAGCAAAACACCAAGUCCCCUCACACAAAACAAAUAAAACACAGACCAAAAAAAGUAACGUUCUGCCCCCAACCUAAGGCAACCCCUCCCCCAGGGCAAACAACCAGAACCUGCACCCCCGCCAGCCCAAAUUUUAAAAAUGAAAGGACAAGGGGACUUGGGUGCAGUGGUGCCUACAGGUACCACUUUGGAGGCCUUGAUCUAAUACUCUAUCCACUAAGAGAUGCGGGUGGUGCUGUGGUCUAAACCACUGAACCUCUUGGGCUUGCCGAUCAGAAGGUCGGCAGUUUGAAUCCCCAUGAUGGGGUGAGCCCCCUUUGCUCAGUCCCAGCUCCUGCCAACCUAGCAGGUUGAAAGCAUGCCAGUGCAAGUAGUUAAACAGGUACAGCUGCAGUGGUAAGGUAAACGACAUUUCUGUGCGCUCUGGUUUCCAUUGCGCCAGAAUCGGUUUGCUCAUGCUGGCCACAUGACCCGGAAAGCUGUCUGUGGACAAAUGCCGGCUCCCUUGGCCUGAAAGUGAGAUGCGCACCGCAACCCCGUAGUUGCCUUUGACCGUCCAGGGGUCCUUUACCUUUUACCUUAUUCUAUCUACUACCUGACAUUGGCUCUGAAAAACAAUGGUUUCCUGCGAGGAAUAGGUUUUGGUAGUCUACUACUUUCUUUGACUACAAAUGCUCAUAUCUCCCCUUUCUCUUUCCAGUCGGAAACCCUACAAAUCAACCCUCUGUACACCCUGAUCCCUGUCACCAUGUGCAUCUCUUUUGCGGUGAUGCUGCCAGUGGGCAACCCCCCAAAUGCCAUUGUCUUCAAUUAUGGGCACUGCCAGAUCAAAGAUAUGGUAAGUACCAAGAGUGAUGCAUCCAGAAUGAUCAAUGAGCAAAUUGGUUAGAUAAGGGGCAGUGAUAAUAAUCAGUUAACACUGCAACUGUUUUGUUGUGGUGCUUAAAUGAUGGCUUUCCCCAAAAUUUGAAACUGGAUAGCAUCUAUCAUUUCAAUUGUGAGUUCGGAUUGGAUGUCAACAUUUCUGUGAAUUGCACAAGGAAUGUGCUUGAGGAAUCUUGACUAGGGACCAAGGAAGAGCCUCUUACCGCUGUACAAUAGGGUAAAUAAUUUUACACAAGUGCCAAAGGUUUCUAUGCAUGCACCGCCUCCAUCCUCCAUCUAGAUAUUACCCCAGUUCUGCUACAUGUGUAUGUCGGAACCCACAUGCCCAUGACCCCAACAUGCACUUCUACGAGAGCAAUGAAAACACUAGCAUAGAGACAGGCAUGUGUUGGUUUAAAUGCAUGUAUACCUUUUACCUUGGGUCUGAGGUUUCCUGAAAUAAGGCAAUACUUAGAGUCAGGUUCUCAGCCAGGUGUUGUGCAGAAUGAGUUACCUGGAUAUGGCACAAAGGCAAAACCAAGAGGAGAAUUAUCCUACCCCAUUAUCAGCAGCUUCAUCAAUGAAGUUACUAGCACAAUUUACAAGCAGACUGGAUCAGAUGGAGAAGGGCCAAAGGAAGGUGUGGUUGUGGAUGUGCUUGUGUUAAAAUGUGGAAAACCACCACAGUACAAAAGAGAUUUCUCACCUGCUCUAGGAUGAACUGAAAUCUCACCACCCCUUGCUAACGUUGAGGAUUUUGUCCAGACCAUUUUAGAAAAAUGAUUAAUCUCAUAAUUUCAUUGAAGGCAUGUCUACCUGUACCCCUUGCUACCUUGAGAGGAGAAGUCCUGCCUUAACUGAUGACAAUUAAUGUGGUCUGUUUCCCUUGUUUUUUUCAUUCAUAGAUCAAAGCUGGCUUUGGUGUCAAUCUGAUUGGUCUAGUGGUUGUUACAGUGGCAAUAAAUACUUGGGGAAUUAGACUCUUUCACUUGGAUAAGUUUCCAGACUGGGCAGCAGCCAGCAAUGUCACUGGCCCAUCAUAGUCAGCGUCCACAGAACUUGCUGGCUCACAGCAAGUUGGGAGCAAAAUAUUUGCACAGCUGUUAAGAAAGGAAAACACUUGAGUGUAUAUUUGUUCCAUUAACCUGAACUAAGUAAGAAGUAACUCUGUUGGAGGCUUCCCUAACGAUCACCAUAUCUCUGCCAUCUAGUACUGAAGGGGUUGGGAAAAGCAUGCAUUAUUCUUGUCUUUCAGCAAUACCAUGGAAUUGCUUUGAUCCCUCACUCCCCCGUCUUUUCCACAGAAAACCCAUUUUUGUUCUACAGAACACUCAGACAAUUUGUCUUCUUUACUUGAUAAUAAAUCACAGCGCCCACAGUCCCAACAUCCAAAGUGUGUUUUGAAGACUGUAUCUAUAUGUAUAUAUCUAUAGAACAUUUUUUUAAAAGAAAAAGUUAAAAGUUGUAUGUGGAGUUAUUUAUUUGGUAACAAGGAAGAACCAAUUAGAUCAGCCAAUUGCUCAAGCCCAGAGGGUUAUCUGCACAGCUGCCCUUUGGUCCAGGGAGAAGACCAGGUCCAUGGUAGACCAGGGUUCAAAUCCCACCUCAGCCGUGAAGCUCACUGAGUAAUCUUGGGCCGGUCAUUGUAUCUCAGUCUAACUUAACUUAACAGGGUUCUUGCAAUGAUAAAACGAAGAGGGGAAAGAACCAUAUAGGCCACCUGGAGCUCCUUGGAAGAAAGGCAGGGCAUAAAUAUUAUAAUAAAUUAAACAAAAACAGCCAGAGGGCAUCAGGCUGCAUUAUGCACUCUUGCGAUGGACUCAGUUACCAAACUGCUAGCAUGAAGAAGGAACCCAGUGAUAGAGAAAGCUGGGGAGGCAGAUAUCCAGCCUCUGGCUAAUUAUUUUCCUCAUUCUCCAACUUUGAUGUUCAUCUGCCUUCUGUGGCAGAUGAUGUUUUUUCAAGUAAAACUUGAAAGCUUCAUCAACACCACAUUCACUUGCCAGAGCAAGGAGCGUCCUUCAGAUGCCUGGCACUCUUGCAGAUGAUGCAUCAUUCCUGUUCUAAAUAUAUAUACAUUCCUAGAUCUCUGUUCUCCUUCCACUACACUACACUACGCGGGCAGCCUUGAGGUGGCAAACCAGACUCCCAGAGAGAACAAUUUACACCUGAAUCUCUCCCAAACUAAAUACCAGGCCUCUACAAUAGGCAUAUUAUUUUAAUAACUGAUGUAACCAGAAACUCUUGGAUGUGUACAGAAAUAAAUAGAGCCUUUGUUAACCACAGUAACUGUACUAGGAUCAGUUUUAUUGCGGGGAGGGUUCCCCAUUAAAGGGGAGGGCUCCUCUGAUGCUAAUAAAAAUGUCUAUGCUGUAGAAAUUGCUUGUGAAUAAAAUAAAUUAUUCAAGCUUUGG